UUUACUGCAACUCACUUACUGAACUGAGGCUGCCUUGCGAUUAUCGAUACCUUUCCUUUUCUUGUGAUCUCUGCUUUGGCUAUUGCAGGAUAUGGGUGUAGCGGGACUCUGGGAGGUGCUACGACCUGCUGGACAAACACAGUCAUUAACACAUCUAUCUGUUACCCAAGGAUUUGAAGCAAAUGCUGGUGGUCGACGAGGCUUUCGCAUAGGCAUCGAUGCCUCAAUUUGGUUCUUCCAUGCCGCGUACGGUAAAGAAGGAGAGAAUCCGGAACUGCGCACACUCUUCUUUCGCUGUUCCAGACUCAUGAGCAUGCCUCUCCUCCCACUCUUCGUAUUCGAUGGUCCAAAAAGGCCUUCUGUCAAACGCGGGAAGAGAGUAGGCGGCAACGCACACUGGCUCACUACUGGAAUGAAAAAUAUCAUCGUUGCUUUUGGUUUUGAAUGGAGAACGGCUCCUGGAGAAGCCGAAGCUGAGCUUGCAUACCUGAAUCGUAUGGGAAUCAUCGAUGCUGUCCUCUCCGAUGAUGUUGAUAACUUUCUAUUCGGUGCCACUAUGGUUAUCCGCAAUCCCAGUAAUACACUUUCCGGAAACCGGGCGCACCCAGUGAAAAACGCUGACGGACGUGAUGACGGAAACCACGUCGUGACGUAUCGCGCCGCUGAUAUCCUCUCCCACGACGAUAUCUGUCUCUCGCAAGGAGGCUGUAUUCUAAUUGGCCUCCUCUCCGGCGGAGACUACCAUCAGGCUGGCGUUCAGGGCUGCGGGAAGCUCAUUGCCGCUGCCCUCGCACGUUGUGGAUUCGGAGACCAACUGCUAGAAGCUGCCAACUCCCUCACCCGCGAGGAGCUAGAGAAAUGGCUUGACACUUGGCGUGACGAAGUGCGCGAGGAACUGCGUACGAACAAGAGUGGCCUCAUCGGAUCGAAGAAGCCUGCACUCGCAAAGAAGAUUCCUGAUGAUUUUCCUAAUGUCGAUAUUCUAUUAUCCUACACCAAUCCUAUCACGAGCGAGACAGAGGGUAAACCCACGCGAGACAUUACUUGGGAACAAGAGCCCGACAUUGGUAAAAUUUCUGCACUUUGCGAACUGUACUUCGAAUGGGGUGUGAAGGACGUGAUCAUCAAGCGUUUUCGCACAGUUUUGUGGCCAAGCGCCGUGCAACGUAUCCUGCGGCGUGGUGCAAUAGAAAAGGACGAGAAGAAACGCAAAGGUUUACCGAUGAGCCCUAAAAAGAGCAAGACAACAGGCAAACUUGCGCCGGGAACGCCCUCGAAGAUGAUUACAAAGUACUUUUUGUCGAUGAAGCUCCACUCUCCAACCAAAGACAACCGGAAGGAGCAAGAGCACAGUGAUACUGAAUCUGAAGCAGAAGAAGAUAGGCUGAUUGUCAAGAUUCACUCCUCGCGACGGCACGCGUCUACGGAUGGAAUUCUUGAGUACCGGCUGGAGAUCGCCCCUGCGCAGCUUGUACAACUAGCUGGCGGCGGUGUUCAGGGAAUCAGGCCCCCAAUCGAGGUAGAUGCUGCCUUCGAUGAUACCGAAGGGGAUGAUGAGGAUGAGGAGGAUGGCGGAAAGCAAAAGGGCAAGGGAAAGGGAAAGAAACCUCCACCAGACCCCAAGAGCCACCUUCGUGUGUGGAUGCCAGCAUGUAUGGUGCAGGCUGUGGAGCCGGAGCUCGUCGAAGCGUUUGAGGAAAUUCAGCUCAGAAAGCUGGAGAAAAAGACCAAGCGAUCGAAUAAGACAGAUGGAAAGAAGAAGGCUGCUUCCACUGCGCAGGGAGAUAGCGAUGCAGAUUCCCUCCCUGUUCUAGUCUCCACGAAAAAGAAACCUACCCGUCAGAAGAAAGCCAUGGUGAAACGGCAGGACAGCGGGCUUGCUCCUCCCUCUCUCCCAAUCACCAAUGCUUCCGACGGUCCUUUCCUGGAGCCUGAGAGUACUGUUCAUGUUGAUACGUCCCGGCCGUCCCAAACUGGUUCUCAGAAACAUACGAAAUUAUCUGACUCAGAUUCUCCACACUCCUACAUAACUAAGUCUCCAAGAAAAUCAUCGCAGCAGACAUCGCCGCGUUCGUCUGGCUUAAUCAGGCCCACGGGUUCAACAUCAUUUAUACAGCCGAUGCGCAAGCUUGACGACAUCAUUGAUAUCUCGAACAUGACGGAGAGGAAAAAGAAAGAUGGUUCCAUCGCACAAGGCGGCAGCGAUAAGGAUGCCCUCCCACUUUCAUCCCCUCCGAAGAAGACAACAGUCCGUCCAAAGAAAGCAGUUGUGGAACCCCGUGUCACCGUGCAUGCUCCUCGCCCUUUCCCGAUGUCAGGUUUCAUCAGUACUUCUGACGAUCCUUUCACAGAGCCCGCGAAUUCUAUUCGCUCUCAUAUACCCCAGCGGUCCUCACAAACCUGCUCUAAGAAGCAUACCAAAUCGUCCGACUCUGAAUCCCUCCAAUCCGCUGUAACCAGAUCUCCAAGGAAAACGCCGCAGCGGACAUCCCCGCGCUCGUCAGGCUUGAUCACGCGCCCGAAUUCACCAUCACUCGUGCAGUCUAUCCACAAGUUUGACGAUGUCAUUGAUAUCUCUAGUGAUUCCGAUGUGCCAUUACCACCCACAAAACUUUCUGUCAAGGCACCCCUGUUGCUGGCCAGAGAGAAAGCCAAGAAUGGGAAUGGUUUAUCUUACCUCAAAAACAAACGCCCUGGCCGAGUCGAGUCGACGCUCAAGAGCCAAUCAACGAGAAUAGUCGUGGCAGAGAACGACAUCAUUGAUUUGACUUGCUGAAUCGCUCGUUAUGAGGAUUGGUUGUAAUUCGAGUUUUUGGUUGUACAACAAGCUUGUAUGUGUAGUAGACGGAUCUACAGGAUAUACCCUCUGUAUGUUUUGAAUGUGAAGUAUUUUCAGGUGG